AUGGAACCUGAAGAAAAAGUGCAUCAUCAUCAACAUAAAAAUGUUCAAUAUACAAAUUCAUCUUUUGCUGUUUUAUUGCCUGCCUUUUCUUCAUUGGCUGGAUGGUUUUUUGGAUAUGAUCAAGGUGUUACUGGUGGUAUAGUUGUCAUGAGUUCAUUUAAAAACGACUUUUGUGUUGGUGUAUAUGCCAAUACAACUGUUUGUGACCUUCCAGUAGCUGCGUUGCCUUCAGAUUACAGAAGAUUUUUAGUACUAUUUACCUUGAUGUAUAAUGUCGGAUGUUUUAUUGGUGCUAUGUUUAUUUCUUCAUUUGUGGCAGAAAAAUAUGGACGUCGAGCAAUUAUUUUCACUUCAGCAGUUCUGUUUUUAAUUGGGACCUCAAUAGUUAUUUUUCCACCAGGAGGAACAGGCGUUGGUUGUUCUUCAUUUUCUUGUCCAUUAUAUGCUUCCGAAAUAGCUCCAACAAAUCUACGUGAAAUGCUUUCCGGUUUUAUGCAAAUGACUGUGGUAACUGGUUUGUUUGCUGCCAAUGUGCGUAUUCGUCAAACAGACGAUGUAACUGCUGAAUUAGAUGCUAUUGCUGAUGCUAUACAAGAAGAAGGUGAUCACUUUUCAAUCACAGAACUAUGCACAACAAAGAAAAUGCUUGAAAGAUUUGGUGUGGGGGUAGCCAUGCAUAUUUUACAACAAACAACGGGUAUUAAUCCUGUAUUUAAUUUUGGUGGUAUUAUAUAUCAAAGUGUUCUUGAAAAAGGCAUCAUAUCAUUAUUGAUUUUGUCUGGUGCAAAUAUGUUAAGCACAAUACCAGCCUUAUUCUUAUUUGAUAGACUAGGACGUCGAAAACUUCUUAUAUUUGGUGGCUUAGGCAUGGCAGUUGGCCAUUUUCUAGCAGCAACAGUAUUUGCCACAGGUUGUGACGUAAUCAAAACUAUCAUCAAUGGUACUAUAGUAAAUGAAGAAACUGAGAGUUGUCAAACAAGUUCUGGUAUAUUAAUGCUUUUCUUUACAGCUAUUUUUGUAUGUUUUUUUGCACUUUCUUGGGGACCAGUCGCUUGGAUUAAUGCAGCUGAGAUUUUUCCUCUUAAUAUUCGAGCUAGAGCUGUUCCAAUAACGACAGGGAGCAAUUGA